UCUCUGCUUUUUUUUAAUAUGGCGGAAGCUCUGACCGCCGUUCGGACGUCUGCAUUUUUACUAUCGCGAAUUAAGAAGUGUCUCGGAAAUAUUUCUUAAGUGUGUGACAUAGAAGUGUAUUAAUUAAAGGGUGUAUUCAUUCCGUUAUUAAUUCAAUAGUUGAAGUGCUCAAAAUCGUUACAUUCAGCUAAAAAAAUGUCUAAACGAUCAGCAUAUGACGACGAGGACAAUCCGCCGACGCCUUCAGACGACUCAGACUUCGACGAUGACGAGGAUCCAGACAAUUUGGAAGUGCCAGGUGGCGGCAAGACGUUGGCAGCGGCCGCCAGCAUGGCCGCCAAGAAAGUUACUGUCACACCACAGGUUACAGUCAAACCCACCACAAACCCACUCGCCGCGCCCUCUGGCGUCGCAUUUGGCCAGGCCAGUAACGUGAAGCCUAUCAAAAUAUCAGCCAGUCAGCUCACAAAACCUAUUAACAUAGCUGGGAUAGGCAGAGGCGGAGCGCCCGCCGUGGCUCCGCCGUCGCCUUUCGCGGCGGGCUCGUCUGCCGCGUACAGCGCUGCUUCUCUACUCGCUCAGAUGGAGAUGGUGGGUAUGACAGGGAUGAACACGUUCUUAAUGCAGAACUUGAAUCAAAUACUGGCCUCGGGUAUGGGCGGGCCCCUAGCGGGCAUGCUCGGACAGUUCGCGCCUAUGUGGGCCCAGGGCAAGCCAGGGCUCCAGGGGAAUAUGUGGCCACAGGAAAAGAUGGGAGGAGACGAGGAAGAAGUCGAUGACGAAGAAAUGGGCGUAGCCGAGACAUACGCUGACUAUAUGCCCUCGAAAUUGAAACUGGGUCGCAAGCACCCAGACCCAGUAGUAGAGACCGCUUCGCUAUCAUCAGUGGAGCCAGUAGACGUGACGUACAAAGUGAGCCUGCCGGACGAGACCAUCCGCAACGGGCUGCUGUCCGCGUUGCAGCUGGAGGCCGUCGUGUACGCCUCACAGGCACACGAGCAUCUGCUGCCAGACGGGACCAGGGCCGGCUUCCUCAUCGGCGACGGUGCCGGUGUGGGCAAAGGCCGUACGAUAGCCGGCAUAAUAUUCGAGAACUACAUCAAGGGCCGCAAGCGCGCCAUCUGGGUGUCCGUCUCCAACGACCUCAAGUACGACGCCGAGCGAGACUUGCGGGACAUCGGUGCCGGGAAGAUUGAAGUGCAUCCACUUAAUAAGUUCAAAUACGCGAAGAUAUCGUCUGCGGUAAAUGGGAAUGUGAAGAAGGGAGUUAUCUUCAGCACGUACUCGGCGCUGAUAGGCGAGACACAGUCCUCCAACACCAAGUACAGGACGAGGCUCAAGCAGCUGCUGCAGUGGUGCGGCGAGGACUUCGACGGAGUUAUCGUAUUCGACGAGUGUCACAAGGCCAAGAACUUGUGCCCCGUGGGGUCCGGCAAGGCCACUAAGACAGGUCUGACGGCGCUGGAGCUGCAGAACAAGUUGCCGCUGGCUCGCGUGGUGUACGCGUCCGCGACCGGCGCCAGCGAGCCGCGCAACAUGGCCUACAUGGUGCGACUCGGGAUAUGGGGAGACGGGACUCCCUUCCCGACCUUCAUGGACUUUAUUAAUGCUGUGGAGAAGCGUGGUGUGGGCGCCAUGGAGAUAGUGGCUAUGGACAUGAAGCUGCGAGGCAUGUACAUCGCGCGCCAGCUGUCCUUCCACGGCGUGUCCUUCAAGAUCGAGGAGGUGCCGCUCUCCGACGCCUUCAAGGAGACCUACGACAAGUCCGUCGCGCUGUGGGUGGAGGCCAUGCAGCGCUUCACAGAGGCGGCCGAGCUCAUCAACGCAGAGUCGCGCAUGAAGAAGACCAUGUGGGGGCAGUUCUGGUCUGCGCAUCAGAGGUUCUUCAAGUACCUCUGUAUCGCUGCCAAGGUGAACCACGCGGUGGUGACGGCGCGCGAGGCGGUGAAGUGCGGCAAGUGCGUGGUCAUCGGGCUGCAGAGCACGGGCGAGGCGCGGACCCUGGACCAGCUGGAGCGGGACGACGGGGAGCUCAGCGACUUCGUGUCCACCGCCAAGGGCGUAUUCCAGACUCUCGUUGAGAAGCACUUCCCGGCCCCGGACAGGGACCGCAUCAACCGCCUGCUGGGGCUGGAGCCGCCGCGCGCCAAGCCCGCGCCCGCCGUCACGCACGCGCCGCACGCGCAGCACAACGGCAACGGCAAGGCGGCCAACGAUGACGAUGCUAAUACUUCCAAAAGGAAACUGACAGCCCGGCAGCAGGCCAACGCGGCGGCGAAACGCAUGCGCGGCGGCUCGUCGUCGGACGAGUUCGUGCGCGGCUCGGACGAGGAGCUGGAGCCCGAGUCCGACGAGGAGCGCCGCCCGCCCGCCUCCGACUCAGAGCUGUCCGACUUCAACCCCUUCCACGGGGGCAGCGACAGCGAUGACGAACCCUGGCUAGGCCGCAAAAAGAAACCAGUGAAGAAGAAGAAAGCCGCUUCCCCAAAGAAGAAGCCUUCGACGACGCAAGACAAGAUCGAGACGAUGUUCGAGCGCAAGAACUCUGCCGCGAGCGCCGCCACCGUCACCGUGACCACCGCCGCGGGACACAGCCUCACGGGCACGCCCGUCGGGACCAACGGACUGUAUCUAGGCCCUGCCCGCAACCAGCCGCCGCCGCGCUCUGCCAUCGAGCGCGCGUGCAGCAUGAAGGAGGAGCUGCUGCAGGCCAUCGAGAGGCUCGGCCGCCGCCUGCCGCCCAACACGCUCGACCAGCUCGUCGACGAGCUCGGCGGAACCGACAACGUCGCAGAGAUGACGGGCCGCAAAGGCCGCGUGGUCCAGACGGAGGACGGUCAGAUCCUGUACGAGAGCCGGUCGGAGGCGGAUGUCCCGCUGGAGACGCUGAACCUGACGGAGAAGCAGCGCUUUAUGGACGGCCAGAAGGAUGUCGCCAUCAUCUCUGAGGCAGCCUCCAGCGGUAUCUCGCUGCAGAGCGACAGAAGAGCACGAAACCAAAGGCGGAGGGUUCACAUAACGUUGGAGUUGCCGUGGUCGGCUGACAGAGCUAUCCAACAGUUUGGUCGCACGCACCGGUCGAACCAGGUGAACGCGCCGGAGUACAUCUUCCUGAUCUCGGACCUGGCGGGCGAGCGGCGCUUCGCGUCCACCGUGGCCAAGCGCCUGGAGUCGCUGGGCGCGCUCACGCACGGCGACCGCCGCGCCACCGAGACCCGGGACCUCAGCCAGUUCAACAUCGACAACAAGUACGGUCGCGCGGCGCUGGAGGCGGUGCUGCGCGCCAUCAUGAAGUACGAGCAGCCGCUGGUGGCGCCGCCCGGCGACUACGCGGGGGACUUCUUCAUGGACGUGGCCAGCGCGCUCGUGGGCGUCGGCCUCAUCGUCAACAGCGAGGCCUCGCCCGGCGUGCUGCAGCUCGACAAGGAUUACAACAACAUGUCGAAGUUCCUGAACAGGAUACUGGGCAUGCCGGUGGAGCUACAGAACAGAUUGUUCAAGUACUUCACAGACACGCUCGCUGCUGUCAUGGAGCAAGCGAAGCGCGGCGGCCGCUUCGACCUGGGCAUCCUGGACCUGGGCAGCUGCGGCGAGCGCGUGCGGCGCGUGCGCUGCGUGCGCUUCGUGCGGCGCCACGCCACCGGCCGCGCGCCCGUCGAGCUGCACACCGUGCACUCCGAGCGAGGCAUGGACUGGUCCGAGGCCCUAGAGAAGUGGUCUGAGUUGACGGGCCCCAAGGAAGGGUUCUACAUCUCGCAGCACGCGCGCAACAACAAGUUCACGGCCGUACUGUGUGUGGCCGCGCAUACUAGCAACAAGAAGGAGAAGGUCACUAAGAAGGAUAUCAUGUUCCAGAUUUACAGGCCGAACACGGGCCUGCAGCUGCGGCUGGAGUCGCUGGCGGAGCUGGAGCGCAAGUACAAGCGCGCGGGCUCGGGCGAGGCGGAGGCGUGGUGGCGCGCGCAGUACGCGGCGUCCGUGCGCGUGUGCUCGCACCGCUACUGGCGCGCCGCCUGCCGCGCGCCCGACUGCGAGGUGGGGCUGCGCGUGCGCACGCACCACGUGCUGGCCGGCUCCGUGCUGGCCGUGUGGGCGCGCGUGGAGCAGGUGCUGCAGGCGCGCGCCGCCACGCACAAGAUGCAGGUCGUGCGCAUCAAGCCCGACGACGGACUCAAGAUCGUCGGUACCCUGAUCCCAAAGAACUGCGUGGAGCCGCUGAAGGAGGCGCUGUCCUCCGACGCGGUGUCAGUCAGCGAGCAGAACUUCGAGCAGGCGGACGCGCUCAAGUGAAGCCGCACAUAGUUCCUCUCUCUGUUACUACACCCUACUGCUCCCGCGGCCGGGGGCGACGACUGAUUAGAACACCCUUUGAGUGAUUGAUAACGCACUUCGAAUAGAACUGAAGAACCUUCUACACUGUACCAGAACGUUCGAGUCUACAAUUGUUUCGCUUUAACUGAUACGUAAAGGCCUAAUUCUCUAUCCACCCCCCCCGGGCCUAACAGUUCUCUACGUGUCAAGAGUCACAAACACUACUAGGUUAGGACAUCGUCUGACAAUACUUGAUUUAUUAUUACCGCGGUAUAAUUAAGUUGAAGUAUUACAUAUCGUUAGGUCAAUUCGCAGUUGAGACACAGUUCAACAUGAUAUUAUUAGGCAAGUUAGCGAGCACUCAAAGGGGCGCGGGUUUCGUGACCGGCGCGACGGUAAGAUGGCGUGCGUGACGUCACGGCUACGGCAGACGUGCGGACAUAUGUCCUAUAUAUCUUGUGUUCAUAUCUUUAUUUAAUCGGAACUUAUGCCUUCUUGCCUUGUAACAACGGCUUUAAUAAUGAGAUUUUCAGUAAUUAGUUUGGAGCGGUUUAGCAUAAAUGUAUUCCUUUUGUAUAGUAAGAGCAAAAUGACACGAGGAGAGUUGCGCGCACGCAUGUCGCACGCGGUGACGUCACGACACAAGUUUAGUGAGAAUGAUCUACAUGCAGACGUGCAUAAGAUUUACUUUAAGUACUUUACGUAUUUUUACUUAUUAAUACAUUAUGACCGUGAUCGCCUCAAGCCCUGGGCGAUUCAUAUUAUUAUGAUUUUUUUUAUCUUUCAUUACAUGACCAAGUCAAUAUCACGGUACAUUCUUGUAUACGAAUUAACUGGAAUUUUAGUUUUUUGUACAAAUAUUCUAGUGUUUUAUUUAAUUGUUCGAUGUUAGUUGUCUUUUCUUGUUUCUUUUCGUUUCUUACCGACUGUCGCAGACAAUCUAAAGAUGUAAUAUAGUUUUUAAUAUAAAUACUUGUAUGUCUAUCGGAUGUUAGCAUACUAUUGUAUCGAAUGCACGUGCAAUAUUGUAUACUAUGUUCCCACCAUUCUUUCAAAAUGUCAAAAUAAGCGCUGAAAGGCGCGAAAAAAAAAGUUGAAUGUAGGCAGAUAUGUUUCUUACGGUGAUCAUCGAUUGUAAUCGAUUUGCUAGUCUGUAACUUGUCUAGAAUUCGACACAGCGCGGUUGCCUAGCAACAGUAACAUUCCCACGAUAACAACCCCAUUAAUUUUUCAUAUUCUGCAGAUUGACAAAAAGCUUUAGACGCUCGCUCGCGACGCGCUCUGUCGAAUUGUAUAAAAGUAUUACAAUAUCUCUAAAUCAAAUUACUCAUCGAUAUUCUGUACCUAGAUGUUACUUUCUCAAUUUAUUUGUAUGGCUUAUUAUUAAUGUUUCGAUUAGAGGUGUCAAAACAAUGUUCUAAGUGUAAAGAUAAACUUGAAUUACUUGGAGAGUGAUAAACUCGGAAUGCAUGCAUCAUUGUGUUUCACCAAUCACUGUAUUAACUAAUUGACUGUGUACUGCAUUGAACAGUGAUGAAAAACGGCAAUGGAUACUACCGAGUUUAAUAUUCUCUCAGACUUACAUUUAAGCGGAUAUUAAUAUAAAGGACACGUGAAUUUAAUAGUUGCUGUCAUGCAACCUUAGGUUUGUAUAAAGGGUAAUAUAGAAUGUUUCAAGGCCAAACAACUUGUGUCCGGCAAGGGUCCCCAGGCGCAGCCCUAGGGAACAAGGACACAGUCAACAACAACCUGGCUUCAAUAUAUGUUUGAGUUCAACGAUCUUUUGGUCACUUUAACAGAGUUAGCUAAAUAUUUAUUUAUUAUUUUUAACAUGUAAUUUUACAAUCAAUUUAAAAACUAAAGCAGUAGAUAACAUAACUAAAUGAUUUAUUUACUAUAUCAUUGCUGAUUACGCCUAACGAAAGGUGAAUACAAUAUCUGCUUGUUUCAUGAUGGCUACUGCUUUUGCCAGUUCCUGCAGUUAUAAUUUUAUUGUAACUCUUCGCUUCCAUUUUAGCAAUAAGAGAAUUUUAAAUUGUUUGUAAUAAAUUUGUCUGUAGACGGAUAAUAAAUUUAAUAAUAAUAAUUUCUAAUUUACAUGGAAAAAAUCUUCUGGUUUUCAUGAGGCAACCAAAGUUGAUUUGUCAAAGCCAGGUAACCUCGAAAAUGUUACAGUAAUUGUUCUAGUGUUAAUUUGCAUUUUAGUCCGGGUCUAGAUAUACAGACUCGAUAGUGUCUGACGUAGCUUUAGUUUUGUUGUAUUUAAUUUGUAUGAGGAAGUUGGUUGAAGGAUCUGUUUCGUACUUGAACAUACAUUGAAUGGUGUCUCUAAAUCUCGUCUACAUUUCUUAAUGUGUAAAAAAUUAAAGACAAAAAAUAAAUGUGUAUAUAAUUUAAA